AUGGAAAUGAUUCGUUUAUUCUGUUUUGCAACCAUCGUAUCGUCGCAAGAGGAAGACAGUGAUGACAAAGGCUCUUGUCUUCUUUCGCACAUUCACAAGCCGAUUCCAUCGCCUGAACCGAACCUCAACGGUGAGUGUCGACAAUGGAGGAGCAACUCAUGCUGCAUGGCAAACGGAUACAAGCAAUAUUCGUUCAAGACGUCAAAGACAGACUACAAAACAGACCAUUGUGGGCAGCUGAGUGAUCAGUGUUUGAUCAUGAUGCAGCGUCAGUGGUGUUUAUAUCAAUGUGACCCGUACCUGGAAAAGUGGGUAAUAAACUACACGCAGCCGGAGACAAGCGAUUACUACCCCGACCCGGCGCUCAAUAUCGUCAAUGCGAAGGAUUCCGAUGACGACUCCGCUUUUGAUAGUAUCUUCAACGUCUCGGACUACGAACUGCUCCAGGAAUUCAGAGACUCGCAGCGGACCAAAAGCCAUCGUCUUUGGAAGGUGCCACUAUGCAGAAACGACUGUGAUGCCUGGUGGAAUGCUUGCAAGGCUGAACUCACCUGCACUGAUGACUGGUACGGAGGCUUCAGCUGGGAACAGAAUGUAGACGGCAAGUGGAGGAAUUUGUGCAAGAACUCGACUGAUACUUGUAAACGUAUCGAUAGUUGGUUUUCAUCGUCUACUGCUUUUUGCGAGGGCAUUUUCAAAAAUGAUUAUGAAGUAGUCGGAUCAAAAGAUCUUUGCAUUUCAUUUCUUGAGCCCUCGCACAAUUAUAACGCCUCUCACGGAGAAAAUUCAAGAAAUUCCGAAGAAGUCGAGAUUACACUUGCUGUAUUGUUAGGAGUAAUUGGUAUCUGUGCUAUCGUUUUUAUUGGCGUUCUUCUGUGGAAAAAGCGUCUUUCCUUCAUUCUUACACGCUCGGAGAUCACGACAAAUCUUUUGGAUGAAAAUGACUCACCCGAGCGCGAAGUCUUUACCGCGACAGCCAAGCUGCCUCCACCUUCGAACUCAAAAAGUGGACGCCUUAAUCUCCCCGAGUAUCAUCCGCGUCACAAGAACCCUAUAAUAUACGAUAACGAAGUGCAAGAAGUUUUUGACGCAAAUGGAAAAGCACGAAAAGAUCGUGUUGAUGUUGUCCGCAACGCACUAGAAGUGUUUCUUCAAUUCAAUCAAAAUCAGUCCUUCUCAAAGUUGCAGCAGCUACGCAAGCGACAGAAAGAGCUUCCCAUGAAGACUUACGAAGAAGAAAUCUGUGAAGCGGUGGCGCAAUCGAGAGUGACUAUCGUUGCUGGCGACACUGGUUGCGGAAAGAGUACUCAGGUACCGCAGUACCUACUCAAUCACGGCUUCCGGAAGAUAGCGGUGACCCAGCCAAGACGAAUCGCCUCGAUAGCGCUUGCUAAACGGGUUGGUUAUGAAACGCUCAAUAUGUAUGGCAGCCACGUUGGAUACAAAGUUAGAUUUGAUGGAACGUCCACGAAGGCAACGCGCAUUAUCUUCUUAACAGAGGGCCUUCUCUUGCGCCAGAUGCAAAUGGAUACUUUGCUCAAGGAAUAUGAUGUCAUCGUGCUCGACGAGGUGCACGAGCGGCAUUUGCAAUCCGACUUGUUACUCGGUCUUCUUGCUGAAGUGAUAAUGAAACGGGAUGAUUUGCGGCUGGUUCUGAUGUCGGCUACGAUCAAUAUUGAGCUCUUCAGCAAAUACUUUGAAGGUCCCUGGUCGACUGUUUCCGAUCACUCUUCAAUUCCGGCCGCCGGGUAA